UUUCCCGUGGCGUGGGGCUUUCCUGCCAGGGUGACGUCGACGCCCUUCUGGCCUGCCCAGUCCCUGGGGCGGGGACCGCAGGCUCUUACAGCUGUGCGAAGUCGCUUCGCGUUUCCCGGAAUGCAGAAGCCGUGGGUGGGUGCGGUCCCAGGCCGGACCUCAGUGGAGUAAAAUCGGAAGUCAGGAGCAGAAGCAAGACUGGCAAGUUCCCAGACGUGGUGAAUUAAGUAGCAUCCUCAAACAACCCCGGGGUCAAUGAAGAGUCAUAAAGGAAAUACCUUGCGAGGACUGAAAAUGAAAAUAUACCAGAACGUAUGGGGUGCAGCCAAAGGCAUGCUCAGAGGGAUAUUUGUAGUUGUAGAUCUCAAGUCUCAGCUUUUGGAACAGAACCACUCAAUAAUUACUGUCGAUUUAAUGAACCUGGUUGUGACCUUUCAUUCCCUGGCAAUAAACUGGUCUCUGGAGAUCACUGUAAAAUCACGGUGGAUGAGAAAUCUGGUCAGGUGUUGCUGGAAGACACCAGCACCAAUGGCACAGUGAUCAACAAGCUGACGGUGGUGAAGAGGCAGACGUGUCCUCUUCAGACUGGCGACAUCAUCUAUGUGGUGUACAGGAAAAAUGAGCCCGAGCACAAUGUGGCUUACCUCUACGAGUCUCUCCAUGGAGAACACGACGCAGCGCCGGCCCCCUCUGGCGCCGAUGAGGACAAUGUGCUCCACAUGACCAAAGGUACCUCAGGUGCAGGGGGAGGUGACCAGGCCCUACCGCCCUCACCCGCCACUCAGGCGUGCUUCGAGGAGCCACAGCCAUCAACAUCGACGUCCGACCUCUUCCCCACAGCCUCUACCUCUGCUGUGGAGCUUGCCCUCCCAGGGCGGGAGCCUCCUGCUGGCUCCGGCCCUGGGGGUGCAGACAUAUCCCCAGGAGGCUGUGGUCCUGGGACAGACAUGCUUCCCAGCACCCCGCCGGCCCCGCCACCUCAGGCAUGCAUGUCCUCCGCUCCGCCGACACCACAGGACCAGGAGGGUUUGGAGCCUGUGAAGAAGCGAACAAGAGGAGACGGGGACUCCAAUGUGGCCCUGCCGUUGUUGGCUGCUGACCAGUGUCCGACUACCCCCGCCAGCCUGGAGGCCAUCAGGGCCACAGCCCUGAAGCCAGACAGGAUGGAGGAGACACUCACGUGCAUCAUCUGCCAGGACCUGCUGCACGACUGUGUGAGCCUGCAGCCCUGCAUGCACACCUUCUGUGCCGCCUGCUACUCGGGCUGGAUGGAGCGCUCUGCCCUGUGCCCUACCUGCCGCUGCCCAGUGGAGCGGAUCUGCAAGAACCACAUCCUCAACAACUUGGUGGAGGCCUACCUGCUGCAGCACCCAGACAAGAGCCGCAGCGAGGACGACGUGCGGAGCAUGGCUGCGCGGAACAGGAUCACGCAGGACAUGCUGCAGCCCAAGGUGCGGCGGUCCUGCUCUGACGAGGAGGGCAGCUCCGAGGACCUGCUGGAGCUCUCGGACGUGGACAGCGAGUCCUCAGAUGUGAGCCAGCCGUACAUCGUGUGCAGGCAGUGCCCCGAGUUCCGGAGGCAGGCGGGGCAGCCCCUUCCCUGCCCUGGGCCUGGCAGCGAGCCCGGGGCACCGCCAGCCCCCGGGGCAGACACCCCAUCCACAUCCACCCACAGCACGGCAGCUCAGGAGUAUGUGUGCACCCUGCGGGGCAGCCACGCCGUCUGCACCUGCUGCUUCCAGCCCAUGCCCGACCGCAGGGCGGAGCGCGAGCAGGACCCCCGCAUCGCCCCGCAGCAGUGCACCGUCUGCCUACAGCCCUUCUGCCACCUGUACUGGGGCUGCGCCCGCGCCGGCUGCCUGGGCUGCCUGGCCCCGUUCUGUGAACUCAACCUGGGCGACCGGUGUCUGGACGGGGUGCUGAGCAACAACAACUACGAGUCAGACAUCCUUAAGAGCUACCUGGCCUCCAGAGGUCUGACCUGGAGGAACGUGCUCACUGAGAGCCUGGCGGCACUGCGCAGGGGUGCUUUUCUGCUGUCUGAUUACAGGAUCUCAGGGAGCACCGUGUUGUGUUACUGCUGCGGCCUGCGCAGCUUCCGGGAGCUGACCUACCAGUACCGGCAGAGCAUCCCCGCUUCUGAGCUGCCAGCGGCCGUUACCUCCCGUCCUGACUGCUAUUGGGGCCGCAACUGCCGCACGCAGGUGAAGGCGCACCACGCCAUGAAGUUCAAUCACAUCUGUGAACAGACCCGGUUCAAGAACUGAGUGUGCCGAGAGGCCUUGACGUGGCCUGGGCCCACGGGAGGUCAAGGGCGAGGUUCAGAGAACACCCAACGCGGACACGUGAGGGCAUCAGGAGGCCCUCGGCCGCAGGUCUCUGCGGUCAGCGGGCCGUGUGACUGCGCCUAUGUGGGCAGGCCUCAGCCUGGCGCGACCGUGCUCUGGGGCCCCCAGUGCCUGCACUUCCCUGGGUCAUCCCACGGCGCCCACCCACCCGCCUGUCCCACAGCACCACUAGAGUUUGCCCUUUGCAGCUUUCCCACAACCGCUCAAGGACGUCUCUUCAAGAAAAGCUUCACGGAGGAAAGCGUCGGAAAUGUUCUGUUUAAGUAAAACAGACAAACGUUCGCAGGCCGCCACGUCUUAACGCCAUUUUAUUUCGAUAGGUCUGGUGCUUCUCUUCUAAUAAGAUUUAAUAAGAUUUAAAUAUAGCUGUAGCACAAAUAAUAUAAUUUAUAAUUUACAUAUUGACUAAAAUUGGGUCUUAUGUUAUUGAGACAAACUCGCUUUUGUUUAUUAAAAUAAAGUCAGCUAUCCAGAGCUGCUAGCUCUGGACUCACGACUUCAAGUGCCAGCCCCUCCCAAGCAGGGCUGAAGUGGGGCCCGCUGCCUGCCUGCCCGCCCCCCCCCAGGAACCGGCCACAGCCUUCCUCCACCUCCUUUGCCUGGAGCCACAAGGCUCCCCUGGGGCCUUUCCUUCAGCUAGUUCUUGCCGUUCCCUCCCGUGCUGGGUCUGCCCUGUGAUCUGAAGAAUACUUGAAUUUUUGUUCUUUGUUUUUAAAAAAAUGGUUUUUUAUCUUUCCUUAAAAUUACCUGUCACAUUUGUUUGCAAAAUUGUAACUUUUUUGCUUCUUCUCAGGAAUCCACUUUUCAACUAUUGUCUUGCUCUUGAUACAGACUGAGUAGCGGCUGUUUGUGAAGAGGCCUCCUUCCUGCUCUAAUAAACAGCCGUGUCUGUCCCCCCACUGUGGCCCUUGCUGUGUUGACGCCACCGCUCCUUUGGCGGCGGGGAGGGGGGGUAUGGUGGUGUUGGAGCUGCAGGCCUCACUAGUGACUGACACCUGUCCUCCUCACCUUGGGGCUGCCACUGGGCCUGUGGAUCUGUAGGUAUGAAGACCUGGGCUUGAACGGGGGGUUGCUCUCAGCGCAGAGACAGAGCCCCCUCCCCUCGCCAUAAUGUGAGAACAGUGGGCCCAGGAGAAGGAGCAGCUUUUCAUUCCAGGUAUCAGUUCCCAGGUCCUGCGGGGGCAGCACAGCCUGGCCGAAGAGUCCUGGCUUGUGCUGGAGCAUCUGUGUUAAUGCCUGGGCUUACCGAGGGUUGACCCACCCCAGUAUUUCCCCCAGGAGGCCCUUUACUACCUGUGAAGACUCCCUGAGCCCACACUAGCCCUGCUGGAUGGGGUCCACCGGCAGGGCCCAGCAGUCUACAUUCUAGACGUUUGGUCCUUAUGUCCCACAGGAGGAGACUGGACCCAAAGCCCAGCCUCGGCCGCUCCCCUCCACCCCACACGGGCAGGGUGGUCCAGGCCCUGAGUCCGCCCUGCAGAGUUGAUGCUCAGGUUCUCCAGCACCUGUGGGUGGGGUCUCCAUGCUCCCACGGCGCCCUGAGCCCCUCUGCUGUGAGAGCAACCGCAGCCUCACCCCCGGGGUGC